AUGGCUGCCAUCCUCGCGCCACCACCGCGGACACCAAGUCCAAUAGUCCGCAUUCGAGCACAGUCAUUUUCCUACGACUCACCAUCAUCAAUCGUCAGACUUAAUGCAUCGACCCCUAUUGAAGAAUCCCCGUUCUCCAAAUCAACCGGGAGCAUCAAUGUAGCAAAGACAGUGCCUCAACACCAUGUUCUGCUCCCACUCAGGACUAAAAUGAGCGAGGAGUCGCUAUCGGACUCUUCAAGCGCUAUGUCAAUUUCUCCAGCAAGCUCGCCUACUAAAUCUGAACACGAUAUACCACUGGAUGAAUUACCAGAGGGUAACCUGCUGGGCUUGUUCGAAUACGCCCAGGCUCCUUGCCGUGCGGAUGCACUUAAUUCUCACCCACCAAGGCCUGUCUCGCCACCGUGUUCGCAGUCCCCGGCAAAGAGACCCCGUCUCGCCCCGCCGCCCAUAGCUCUCCCGUCACAUACUGAGGCACUAUCAGACAUGGGGCCGAUCUCCCCGUUUGCAUUCCAGGAUCCUAGUUCUACUAUGACUUCGCCCUGGCUGGUGCGUGCUGUCCUGGACCUUCACGAUGUCUAUCGAUUGUCCUGGAUGGACAUUAGUGAUGUUAUGGCGAGGAUGUAUGGGACACGAACAGGAAGCGCUGAAAUUCUUGACAUCUUGAGCGGCAACGGAAGGGUGAAGAGAAUGUGGUGGAACUGA